CCUCCAUAGCUAAAACCUCAAAGAAAUUUUCGAGUUUGGCCAUCAGACUAAGCAAAAUAAUCAAAGCAGGAGAAAUGCAGGCGGCACCGGCGACAGUGGAGUCCGUGCAAUGUUUCGGGCGGAAGAAGACGGCGGUGGCGGUGACACACUGCAAGCGUGGUCGUGGUUUGAUCAAAAUCAACGGAGUUCCUAUCGAGCUUGUUCAGCCGGAGAUUCUCCGGUACAAAGCUUUCGAGCCAAUCCUCCUUCUAGGUCGUCAACGAUUCGCCGGAGUUGACAUGAGAAUCCGAGUCAAAGGAGGAGGUCAUACUUCUCAGAUCUACGCUAUCCGUCAGUCAAUUGCAAAGGCUCUUGUUGCUUUCUACCAGAAGUACGUUGAUGAGCAGACGAAGAAGGAGAUUAAGGAUAUUCUGAUUCGAUACGAUAGGACUUUGCUUGUUGCUGAUCCUAGACGUUGUGAGCCUAAGAAGUUUGGUGGUCGUGGUGCUCGUUCUAGGUUCCAGAAAUCUUACCGUUAAAUUUACGGUAUAUGUUCUAUUGCUAUUGGUGCUCUGCAAUUUUGAGUAUGGUUUCGAUUUUAGGGAUUAUUAUUAUUAUCUAUUCACCAUUAAAGCUAUCUGAGUAAGCUUUGGAUUUUGAUGAACCGUAAUGUAGUUGUUUUACGGUGGAAUGAUUUUAUGUUAUGUAUGCAUUGAAAUAUGUUUUUCCAAUGCAUAAUAUAAACUUAUGCUAUACAGUGUUGUUGCUUGAA